UAAAGUAAAUAAUUCAAAGAAAGCAAUUUAUUAUAACGAUGAGUAUGGACUUGCCUUUGGGAAAUACGACUUAUCGUUGAGAAAUGAUAUGGUGUGUGAUUACAAAUGGUAUUGUGAAAAGAAAAAUUACAGUGAGUUAAUAAGACCUAGGGAAGGUUCCUUUGAUGUUGAUGAUUUUGAAAUAUUCGAAUGCAAG